AAACUCGCCGCGCCGGAAAGCGACCGCAGAGCCGUCCCGUCUCCUCUCCUCCCUGGUGCUAUAUAGCUACUCCUGCUGUGUUUCCCACGCCUAACCACCCCGACGCGUGACAGCCGCCGGCGCCGAUCUGACCAGCCUCCCUUCGCGUGCCUCGCACCAGUCGCACGCACCCCGGGAAGGGGAGGAGGAUCGGAGGAAGAUGUGCUGCUGUUGCGGCGGCGGCGACCGCGACCACGACCACGGCUGCCGGCCGCUCGGGUUCCUGCUCGGCCUGCCCUUCGCGCUCCUCGCCGUCCUCGUCUCCAUCGUCGGCGCCAUCAUCUGGAUCAUCGGGCUGCCCAUCUCGUGCAUCUGCCCCUGCUGCCUGUGCGUGACGCUGCUGCUGGAGGCGGCGGUGGAGCUCGUCAAGGCGCCGCUCCACGUCAUGACGUGGUUCACCUCCAAGAUACCCUGCUGAUCCCUCGUCAAGGCGCCGCUCCCCGUCAUGAGGGAUCGCUCGCCCCGUCUCUCGCUCAUGUCUUAGCCGGCGUUGCACAUGUCCCGCGGAUUCUUGUUUUUAUUUUCUCUCUCGGAACAUAUGUUCGGGGAUUGAUCGGCGUAUAUUCCUACCUGGCUGAUGAUUCCUGCUCGUUCUCCCUUUGGCUCGAUCGUCUGUGAUCCGUUCCGGGAUGUUUGAGGAUUGUGACUUUACUUUUCGUGACUGUUAGCGGCUGCCGGGGCUCUGUUUCCGUCGGUUUCUUCGCAUGGUACAGUAUUUGUGUGCGAUUGAUGUGGUGGAUGCGAUGCCUACUGUCUGCUCUUGUGGAUGUUGAUCACUGGGAUUCUGACUUAACUGGGCGUUUUGCGUGCCAGUUGCUCAAAGUUUCCACUGUACUUCCUUGAAAAAAAAACAGGUGGUUACACUGAGGAGGUGUUUGGUUACCGAGAUUGUAAAUGUAAUUUGAUUACAGCGGGACCAGUUGCCGUCAAA